UGUCUAUGUCUGUCACUUUUGCCGUGGAAAUUGCCAGUACUGAAAGUUUUACGACUAACCCCUUCAGACAUUAAUUUUUAUGCUAUUAUCAAAAGCUUCACUUUUCUUAUGGGUCUCAACAUGUCAGACCCAGCAGCCUGUUAUAGUCUGAUGUAAUACAGACACUUCUAUAUACAGAUAUAUUUUAUAUCCACUGAUUUAAGUCAUGAUUUAGGGUUUACUUGCAGCUUUUUUUGGCCAAGAACUGCUAACUUGCCCUACUUGUAAAGCAUCCAGCUUUUCUUCUUUUAUGUGCUGUUUGGGACAGUUUAUUUAAAAAUAGAUUAUACCAUAAUCAUAGAGCAUUGUGGCAAACCUGCUGCAUGGCAAAAAGUAAUUUAAAUAAUUGCAAAUAAUUAAAUAAUCUGAUAUGAUCCAUGGAAAUGAAACACAGCCUCAUUGUUUUCACUUUUUGGGGGAAUCAACCUAUGAUUACUAAUAGUAUCUGUACAUUUAGCUGGGACAUGAGAAAUAAACAUCAAGAUUAAACCUCAGCAGUGGAUCUGAAUUUGGAAGUGUUUUAAAGUUAUAUUUCAAGUUAUCAGAUGAACUCUGGAAGAUACGAGCUGGAUUCUGUCGAGCAGAGACACAGACAGACUGAACUGUGUUACUUUAGCUGUAAUCAUGUGCAGGUUGGACUCGGUCCAACAGAAACAUUAAUCUGGGUCUUGAAGGGGCCUACAUUUGUCAGGCUGCAUUCCACUCUCAGCAUUACUCAGAAGCCCCUCUCUUUCUAUUCUCUAUCUAGUCUACCUUAAUGAUCCCAAAAAUAAAUGAACGGAUGCUUCCACAAUCUCAUAUAAGUGAAAGAAUAACAGUGUGUGGAAAGUUAUUAUAGGGAGUGACUGAAAUGCACAUGAAAUGAAAGCAAUUAUAUUCUUUUAACUCAGAUUGCACAAUGUUUGGGACUCUCCUGCUUGCCUGUCUGUUUCUACAUCUGGUUGUCUCUGUACCUCCACCGCCCUGCCGUCGAUGCUGUGAGCACCUCCCAGCACCAGAGGACGCUGCGACCCUCAAAGAAAGCAUGCCUGCGAUGCCCGAGGUCCGCACAUACAUCAACAUGACCAUUCUCAAAGGGGACAAAGGUGACCGUGGAGAAAGAGGGACACCUGGGAAGCCUGGGAUUGAGGGUUCACUGGGACCACGGGGGUCUGGAGGCCCCAAAGGAGAUAAGGGACAAGCCGGAGCUCCAGGAGACGCCUGCAAGUCCCAGCAUUCUGCUUUCUCAGUGGGCCGACGUAAGUCCCUUCACAGCAUUGACAACUACCAGGCCCUGAUCUUUGACACUAUCUUCGUGAACUCCCCCGAACACUUUGACAUGUUUGCCGGGAAAUACCGUUGCCAAAUCCCAGGAAUCUACUUCUUCAAUGUGAACAUCCACACGUGGAACUUCAAGGAGACGUACCUGCACAUCAUGCAGAACAACAGUGAGAAGGCCAUCGUCUACUCUCAGCCCAGCGACCGCUCCAUCAUGCAGAGCCAGAGCCUCAUGCUGCCUCUGCAGGCGGGCGACGAGGUCUGGGUGCGUCUCUACAAACGUGAGCGCGAGAACGCCAUCUACAGCGAUGAUGUGGACAUUUACAUCACCUUUAACGGAUACCUCGUCAAACCAGAAACAGAGUGAGACCAGUAAUAGAGACGGGACAUGAAGUUUGAAAAUGUGUCAAAAUGCUUGAUUAGUGGAGCAGCUUUAACAAAACUGAAAAUCAUCCAAACAUUUCAUAUUAGAUUUCUGCAGUCCAAAAAAAAAUAAAAAAUCCUAA